CAGGCACCCGGGACAGCAGCAGCAGCGAUACCCACAGCCGCACAGGAGGAUCCCAAUCGGUCAGGAGCGACUGGAAAGACAGGGAGCGGAGUCCAGCUUCCCUCCUCCUGUUACAGAAGUUUGGACGUGAAUGAUCGGCCAACAACAGAAACCACUAGUGACUGGACAUUUCAUAACUUGUGGAACCAGGAAGAGCAUAAAGACUAAGAUGAUGAUGACGAUACACUUACUCUACAAUAUUGGGUGGCUCAUAGCCCUAAAUCUGUCUGCGUUAUUUGCAGCUUGUCCUGACCAGGAUCCAGACCUCCUCCACUGGAAUCCUGGCCACAAUAAGGAACAUCGAGUGAACAUUGGGCGCAAUCGGAAACUGCUGCUAUCUUCUUCUGCCACAGUCCAUUCCAUUCACAUCUCUGAUGGAGGCAAACUGGUCAUUUCAGACGCUAAUGAGGAGCCUAUUGUCCUUCGUACCCGAAGUAUCCUUAUUGAAGAUGGCGGGGAGUUGCAUAUUGGCAGUGAGGACUGCCCAUUUCAGAAAGAUUUCACCAUCAUUUUAUAUGGAAGAUCUGAUGAAGAAACGGAAAGACUUCACAGCUAUUUUGGGUUGAAGUACAUCGGAGUGAGUAGAGGAGGGACACUUGAAAUUCACGGUGCUGACAAACUGUCCUGGACAUUCCUGAACAAGACCCUCCACCCUGGUGGGAUGAGUGAGGGCGGUUACUACUUUGAAAGAAGUUGGGGCCACCGAGGCAUCAUAGUCCAUGUCAUUAACCGGAUUGGAGAGGUAGUCCAUUCAGACAGAUUUGAUACCUAUAAAAGCAGAGAUGAAAGUAAACGUCUUGCUGAGUACUUGGAUGGAGUGAAAAAAGGCAUGAUAAUUUCGGUGGCUGUGAACGAUGAGGGAUCAGGCAAGCUGGAUGACUUUGCCAAGACUGCACUGUCCAAGCUGGGGAGCAAGUAUUUCAGACACCUUGGAUUCAGGCAUCCUUGGAGUUUUAUCACUGUAAAAGGUUCGCCUGAAUUCUCUGCUGAAGAUCAUGUUAUUUAUCAAGGAGCAAGAGGAUCUGCUGCUGCGAAAGUGUUUAAACUUUUCCACUCCUCUGACGGGAAUCACUUUACUGUUGGUUCAACAAGUGAGUGGGUGCAAGAUGUGGAAUGGACCGAUUGGUUUAACCGGGAUGAUGAGCGAGGAUCGGGGGACUGGGAAAAACUGUCGGACCUGAGAGUUGCAUUUCCUGGAAAAAUUUGUGAGAGUCCAAUUGACAUACAGGUUGUUACUGUUGAUGGAAUCCCAGCCAGUCGAACAGCAGAGGUGUUCCAUAUGCAUGAUCAAGACUAUGGAUUUGUGUGCCGGAAUAAGGACCAGGCUAAUGGAAUCUGCCAUGACUACAAAGUGCGCUUCCUUUGUGGUAAACCAGUGCGGCCCAAGGUGACCGUUACCAUAGAUACACACGUUAAUAGCAGCAUUCUGGAGCUCGCAGAUGAUGCCAGAACUUGGAAAGCUGGUGAUGUCAUCUUUCUUGCCAGCACAGAUUAUUCAAUGCAUCAGACUGAAGAAUUUCAGCUCUUACACUGUCCAGAAUGCAAAGCAAAUCAGGUCAAAAUCCAAGGAAAAGCAAAGUACUUGCACAUGGGAAAGGAGGUUGAUGGCAUUGACAUGCGAGCCGAAGUGGGAGUACUGUCUAGAAAUGUCGUAAUUAUGGGAGAAAUGGAGGCUCAGUGCUAUGGCAAUAAUGCUUGCAAGUUUUUUGAAUUUGACACAGUUGGAGGGCACAUUAAGAUGGGUGUGGGUUUUAAAGCAGCUCACAUUGAAGGUGUUGAGUUGAAGCACAUGGGCCAGCAGUCAAUGGGCCAUUAUCCCAUUCAUUUUCACAUGGCGGGAGACCUGGAUGAGAAAGGUGGUUACAACCCGCCAACCUACGUGAAGGGAGUCUCCAUUCACGAAUCCUUCUCUCGGUGUGUGACCAUUCAUGGGUCCAGCGGACUUCUGGUGAAAGAUGUAAUUGGUUACAAGACCCUGGGGCAUUGCUUCUUCACUGAAGAUGGUCCUGAGGAACGAAACACUUUUGAUCACUGUCUCGGACUGUUGAUCAAGGCAGGGACUCUACUACCAUCAGACCGUGACGGCAAAAUGUGCAAGAGCAUAACAGAUGGGGUGUACCCAGGCUACAUCCCAAAGCCCAGGCAGGACUGCAAUGCUGUCUCCACGUUUUGGAUUGCCAAUCCCAACAAUAAUCUGAUCAACUGUGCAGCUGCAGGCUCUGAGGAAACCGGGUUCUGGUUCAUUUUCCACCAUGUGCCCACGGGACCUUCGGAAGGAAUGUAUUCCCCUGGUUAUUCUGAACAUGUGCCAUUGGGAAAGUUCAGCAACAACAGGGCUCAUUCCAACUACAGAGCUGGUAUGAUGAUUGAUAAUGGGGUAAAAACAACGGAAGCAAAUGCAAAGGACAAGAGGCCAUUCCUCUCACUGGUUGGUGCAAGGUACAGUCCCCAUGAAGGCGCUGACCCUCACAAGCCAAGAGAACCUGCUAUAAUCAAAAAUUAUAUUGCAUAUAAAAACCAGGAGCAUGGUGCUUGGCUUCGUGGUGGAGACGUGUGGUUGGAGGACUGCCAAUUUGCUGAUAAUGGAAUUGGACUGACUCUUGCAAGUGGUGGGACUUUUCCAGAUGAUGAUGGAGCCAAACAGGAGGUAAAAAACUCAUUGUUUGUUGGGGAGAGUGAAAACCGUGGAACUGAGAUGGCAGACAACCUCAUUUGGGGACCUGGUGGUCUAGAUCAUAGUGGACGAGCUCUUCCAAAAGGAGUGACAUUCCCUAUCCGAGGCAUGCAGAUCUAUGAUGGCCCAAUCAAUGUGGAGAACUGCACUUUCCGUAAAUUUGUUGCUCUGGAUGGUCGUCACACCAGCGCCAUUGGGUUCCGAUUCAAUAACUCUUGGCAAACCUGCCCUAACAACAAUGUGACAAAUAUCACUUUCCAGGACGUCCCAAUUACAUCACGAAUCUUCUUUGGAGAGCCAGGGCCCUGGUUCCACCACUUGGAUCUGGAUGGCGACAAAACGACAAUCCUGCACGAUGUGGACGGAUCAGUAUCGGAGUUUCCCGGUGCCUAUAUUGUUAAACAUGAUAACUGGCUGCUCAGACAUGCAGACUGUAUCGAUGUGCCAGACUGGAGAUCCGCUAUCUGCAGUGGUCACUACGCACAGGUGUACAUUCAGGCCAGGCGGCCAUCGAGCCUGAAGAUGAAGAUGAUUAAGGAUGAGUACCCCGAUAAGCCACUCUAUUUAAAAGGUGCACUGGGCAAACAUUCUCAUUAUCAGCAAUAUCAGCCUGUCGUUAUGCUACAGAAAGGAUACACUGUACACUGGGAUGGUCCAGCACCACAGGAGGUUACCAUAUGGCUCAUCAACUUCAACCAGAAUGACUGGAUUCGAGUGGGGCUUUGCUACCCUAAAGGCAGCACGUUUAACAUAAUAUCGGAUAUUCAUAAUCGCUUAUCAAAAAGAACAUUCAAGACUGGGUCUUUCCUGAGGACAUACCAGAUGGACAACCUGGAUCGCGAUCACCCAGGCAGGGGCUACUACUUCUUGGAUGAGGAUACUGGGCUACUGUUCCUGAAAGUGAAAGCCCACAAAAACCGAGAGCAGUUUGCUUUCUGCUCUACAGCAGGCUGUGAGAGAGUAAAGAUCAAAGCCUCUAUCCCAAAGAACAGCAGGAUCAGUGACUGUGCAAUGAAAGCAUAUCCCAAGUACAGUGAGAUGCCAACUGUCGAUGUGCCAAUGCCACAGAGAAUACCUACGGAACAGCUGACCACAAACGAUCACUUCUUGGAGGUCAAACUUGAAUCCUAUCAAACCAGGUUUUUCCACAUCAAACAGGACUUGGCCUAUUCCAAUGUUAAUGGAAAGAAGUAUUACCAUGCUGAUGAUGGCAUGCAGAUCGUAGUGAUAGACGCAAAGUCUGGAAAGGUGGUCGAUAAUAGAAGCUUCCGAAACAUGAUCUUGCGAGGAAUUCCAGUCCAUGUAGAGAAUUAUGUAGCAAACAUGAAGAACAACUCCAUUGUUCUGGUGACAUCUAAAGGGCGACUAAUUUCAGAAAGACCUUGGAACAAAGUUCUGACACAACUUGGAGCCACCAGUGUUAAGCUAAAGGAUAAACUGGUAUUUGUGGGAUUCAAAGGAAGCUUCAUACCAGAGUGGGUAAAACUUGUCGUUGGUGAAGAGAUGGCAAAGCUCCAUGAAGUUCUCCCAAUCCCUGUUGUAAACAAGUUGAAACUAUGAGUGAUCCCAGUCUGGAGCACUGAUCAAGUGCAGGUCUAGCUGAAGAGGGUUGAACUUGGAAUUACUACUGAUUUUUAAGAAGUGGUCAAAGUUGCAAAGAUAUUGCAGCAAAGCAGCCCAUUUAUCAUUGUGCUUACCCGUCCAGCCACUAGGCUUGUUUCACAAGCUGAUACUAUUUGUAGACUGUAUUUGUCAACACAUUACUUAUUCUCUCUCAGACUGCUCCUUGCUCCCGAAAUAGCUGGUCCUUUUUCGGAUGUAUAUUCUUUCCGUGUUCUGUCUGUUGAGGUGUUUUCGAUCUGUCGGCCUCACCAAAGAUUUAUUUUCUGUUGUAGGGAUGUUUCUAUUUAUUUAUUAAGACACUAUAGAGAAUGACACCAAGGCACUUGUGUAACUGUAUUGUAAAACUUUCAUAUAUUUUCCAUCUAACUGUUAUUUUGUCUGGUAAAACUGCACUCCUGAAAGUGGAUAUGGUAUUUUAAGCAUUGGCUGAAAUUGUAAUUUAUUAAAAGUUGAGGUUCUCAUUUGAGACUUAUUUCUGAAGGGGCAGUCUUUGGAUUAAAGAAAUGUAAUUUAUAACUGGCAUUUGUAUAAAUUACAAAGAUUGUAUAAGUGAUGUUUCAUAAUAAAUGUAAAGUUGAAUGAA